AUGACAGGUCACAUAACAGGCGGUUCUAACUCAAAUACAAAUUCAAACAUAAAUACUAGCGCAAAUAGUAAUAAUAGCCGUUCAAAUACGCCUCAACCACCAGCUAUUGCACAGACAAGAACUUCGGCAAGAACAAGAGGUUCCAGUUUCAACUCUUUGUGGUCCACUUUCGGUAUCAGACAACAACAGCAACAGCAACAGGAACAAAGGUUGACGGGAAAUACACCCUUCUCUUCCAACUUGAAUAGCAUUGAAAAUUUACCAGCUCAUCAAUCUCAAUCACAGGAAGAAACUGCUCAGAAUCCAAGAGUGCAAUUGCAAAUGCAAUCUCAACCGCACAUCAUCCCGCGUCCAAAGGUACAAUUGCCCAUAUCUUUAUCUCUGACUACUGCAAACCCAACAAUCUCAGAAACUUCUGCACCAGCUGCUGUUUCUGCUUCCGAUUCAGCUCUAGCAAACGAAAACAACAAUAACAGUAAUAACAUUCAAUUAAGUUCUCUGAGCUCCCAUAUCGCUGAAAUACGUCCGCAUCCACCAUACCAACCAGCAACAACAACAACAAUGCCGGAAUCAGCAGCCACUACCACAUCUACGACAAACGAUGAGAUCAAUAAUAACGUCAGUUUGAAGAAUUUACGCCAUUUCGUAUACGGACCAGACCAGAAAAAUGUAGCAAAUUUACUACAAUUGGACUUAGCACCGGGAACAGUACUUCCUGAACCAGUAGAUGACGCAGUUCUACAAACAAGAAAGACCAAGAAGGGAUUCUUCAGCAUCAGAUUGACACCAUUCAUUGAUAGUUCCGCUACAACAAGUCAGGGUCUCUUUUUUGACCCCGUAUUGAGAACCGCGGGACCAGGUUCACAGUUGGUUAUUGGAAGAUAUACGGAAAGAGUCCGUGAAGCCAUCUCAAAGAUCCCAGAACACUACCACCCCGUGGUUUUCAAAUCCAAAGUCGUUUCGAGAACACAUGGGUCGUUCAAAGUGGAUGAACAGGGGAAUUGGUUCAUUAGAGAUGUUAAGUCGUCAAGUGGAACUUUCUUGAAUCAUCAACGAUUGGCUCCAGCAUCAACAAUGUCUAAGGAUGUACUGUUGCAUGAUGGAGAUAUAUUACAAUUAGGAAUGGAUUUCCGUGGUGGUACCGAGGAAAUUUAUAGAUGUGUGAGAAUGAGAGUGGAAUUGAAUAGAUCCUGGAAAUUAAAGGCAAAUGCAUUUAAUAAAGAGGCAUUACAACGAAUAAAAAAUUUACAAAUGAUGACUACGGGAACAGAACAAGAGGAAGAUUGUUCCAUUUGCUUGUCUAAGAUUAGACCAUGCCAAGCAAUUUUCAUUUCUCCAUGUGCUCAUAGUUGGCAUUUCCAUUGUAUUAGAAGAUUAGUCAUGUUGUCCUACCCACAAUUUGUAUGCCCUAAUUGUAGAUCAGCUUGUGAUUUGGAAGCUGCCUUGGAAAGCAGUGAUGACGAAUCUGAAAGUGAGAUUGAAAGUGAAGGUGAUCAACUUGUGGAUCAUUUGGGUCCGGGAGCGGUAGAUGAUCCAAAGAACAUAAAUAUUGUCUAG